AUGGCUUCUGAUGAAGAGAAUGGUCACGAACGUACCCCUCUCCUGCACCAAGCCCGAUUAUCCCAUCUCCAACAUGAACAAGACGAAGAAGCAUCUUCAGUCAUCGCAUCCACCGUAACGAAAGAAGAACAGCAAUUGGCAGAAAGUCCAGUCGGAGAACGAUUACCAUACAAUGACUACACGACCAUCGACUGGCUACACGAUCUGGUCAAAGACUCCUACCGCUACCGCGCCCUCCACUCCCACCCUGGUCUCCGCUACAAACUGCUCACUCUUCUCGAUGCCAGUUCAGGCUGGCUUGCUGUCGUCGUAAUCGGCGCACUGACGGCAUGUAUCGCCUUCCUCGUUGACAUCGCCGUCGUAACGGUUUCAGACUGGAAAACCGGGUAUUGCUCUGGCCAUUUCUUGCGAAACAGAGAAGAUUGCUGUGUUGCUGUCGAGAAGAGUCCGUCACUGUUUAUGAUGAAAGAGACGGGGGAAGAAUGCGCGGAUUGGAAAGUCUGGAGUGAGGAUUACAAGAGCAGUUUUGCAAUCUACGUGGCCAUGGCGAUGGCAUUCGGCAUCAUAAGUUCGAGCUUAACCAUGUUAACUCGGUCUACCCUCCCAUCGACCUCAUCCUCCAACCCUAUUACGAAGAACGCGAGCAACGGCCACACCACCUCCCCUUCUUCCUCCGCGUCUGCCUCCAACAACCCACCCACCACACCAACCGUCCAAGGCAAAACAAUGUACCUAGCCUCCGGCUCCGGCAUCCCCGAAAUAAAAACCAUCCUCUCCGGUUUCUCCAUUCCCUCCUUCCUCUCCCUCCCCGUGCUGAUCGUAAAAUCCCUCGGCGCAAUCUUCGCCGUAUCCUCGUCCCUCUGUCUAGGAAAAGAAGGCCCCUUUGUCCACAUCUCCACCUGCAUCGGCCACCUAACCGGGCGCUUGAUACCCAAAUACGCAUCCAAUGGCCGCAAGAUGCGAGAGCUGCUCAGCGCGGCAUGCUCAGCGGGACUGUCAGUAGCAUUCGGCGCGCCGAUCGGAGGCGUGCUGUUCAGUUACGAGGAGAUUAGCACGUAUUUUCCAAGGAAAGUGCUGUGGAGGGCUUUUCUGUGUAGUCUUACUGCGGCGAUGGUGCUCAAGGAACUCAAUCCAACCGGCACGGGGAAAUUAGUGCUUUUUGAAUCGCGGUUUGGGGAUGAGUACAACGCUAUUCACUACUUCGUCUUCGUCCUCUUGGGCGUAGCGGGCGGUAUCUUCGGCGGCCUGUUUUGCAAGUUCAAUUUCCUGUGGUCGAAGUGGUUCAGGGCUUUUGGCGUUAUUAAGAGAUAUCCAGUGUUGGAGGUUCCGUCUGGGGUUAUUAUUCCAGCGCUGGAUGCGGGUGCUUUCUUUGGGAGGCUGGUUGGUCAGGCUAUCGGUUCGAUCAGUCCGGGUAUCUUCGCCAUGGUGGGUGCUGCUGCGUUUCUGGCGGGUGUGUCUCGGAUGACCAUUUCUCUUGCUGUUAUCAUGUUCGAACUCACAGGCCAACUCUCUUACACCGUCCCGUCCAUGCUCGCCAUCCUAACCGCAAAAUGGGUCGCCGACGCAAUCUCCUCAGAAGGCGUCUACGACCUCGCUCAAUCCCUACUCUCCCACCCUUUUCUCGACCCAGACACCGCUUUAUCCAUCGUCCGCCGCCACAAAGCCUGCGUCGAGGUCCUGAUCCCUCCUCAGCGCACCAUGGAUGACAUUACCGUUCAUGUACCUACAAGCAAUAAAGUAGCUUUGACUCUGCUGAAAGAGAAGCUCGAUGCGUUGAGAGAACGGGGUCUCAUGGACGCGGGUCUUGUUCUAGUACAGAAGAAUGGUGGCGGCGUUGAAGUGUUGCAAGGGUACAUUUCGCAGUCGGAGCUUGAAUUUGGAUUGACAAAACUCGUUCCUGGUGUGCUUGUGUCGACGCAGGAAGACGAUGUUCAGGUCAGGUUGCUAGGCCAGGAGAUUGAUGAGCCGACGAGCCCGAUGAACUUGGAGAUGGAUUUGACGCCUUUUGUGGAUCGGACGCCAUUAAGCAUCUGUGCGAAAGCACCUCUGGAGUAUGCUGUCGAGAUGUUCUCUAAGCUGGGGUUGAGGUAUCUUAUGGUGACAAAGGAGGGCACAGGACAACUGGUGGGUGUGAUUAUCAAGAAGAGGCUCGUAGGCUACCUUGAACAUCUAAGAGAACACGGCGAAGGAGAUUAG